GACAAGUAGCGAGAUCAUCAACUCGUCACGUAGGCCGUUUCUGAGUCUGUCACCAUGUCAGCCAAGAGGCGCAGAGUUGAGCUUUCCCAGCCUUCGCCUGUCAAAAGUGAAGAUGAAGAGAGGCCCCAAGAGUCGGAAGAGGUGCCACAAGAGUCGCCCCUUGACCCUGCCGUCGCACAGACAGCUGGUGUAGAGGAUCUUGCACCUUAUCAUGAGUUUCAUCGAUUCAAACCGAAGAAGGUGGCAAGUUCCGUGAGUAAGCACAUUGGUCUGAACCUGGAUACACAUACGCUGGGAAUUCCACUAUUGGCCGCCUUCUUCCAGAGGUACUCUCCUUUGGAGAGCACUGAAGCCAACGGGAAGCUGCCGUCUUCCAAAGGACUUCAUUGGAAUUUUUCGUAUGAACGCAAGGGCAAUGAAGUGAAGGCCACACUCACAGCGUGCGCAUUGAAUGGGCAACGUUUUGAAGGAAAGUGGUCCAUCAAUGACUAUCAGGCUGAACAAUCAGCAACCAAGGUCUUUCGUGACGAUCCUGAAGUGCGUGAGAUAGCCAAGAAAUUGCCUCCAUCAAUGAAACGAAUCCGGGAGAACCUUCGCUUCAACAAACAAGAGAGGGCUUUGAUGGAGAACGCGCGUAUUAGGGUAAGCGAUGUUACCAUCGCUCUUUCGCGUGCAGUGUAUAUGCAAUUCCGAGACAAAUUUCACUGCAGAACUGCGCUCUGGGACGGAAACGCCUGAGGGGCAGCAAGCCCUGUCCCAUGCUGCACGCGUUCUGAGAGGAAAGAGUAGGUCCGGUAGGAAUUGAGAGGAGAAGCAUUCCAGAAAAACGACUUGAAAUGUGGGGUGAUCGCUGAAGGGCACAGCUGCUGCAACAUUCCGCACGUGAUCACCGGAUCUGGGCUGAUGGUUGGUUGCCAUGAUUGUAAUUAGGUAGGGCAUAUUGACUUCAAUUUCAAUCGGGAAUUUCAAUCGGGACUUGUUUCC